AUGUUCUCCGCCGCCGGCAUCCGCGCCGACUCGCCGCAGCGGACGCUGUCGCUGAUGGCGCUGCCGCUCAAUCUCAUCGCUCUGAUCCUGUCCUACCUCGACGAUGUCGGCGAUCUCUCGCGCCUGUGCCGCACCUGUCGCGUCCUCAACUACAUGGCGCUGCCGCAGCUCUACAAGACCAUCACGCUGACCUCCUACGACAAGAUCCGCUACCGCGAUGAGCUGCCCGAGGGCUGCGGCAGCGCCAGCCCGUUUUCCAUGGGCCUCAACGCCAUCGUCACCCGCAACGUGGCGCCGUUGGUGCGCUCUUUCACCAUGCGCGGAGACUGGCGGGAGGACGGUCUGGACGAGCAUGCUCGCGUCGGCCGGGUGCCCGACUCGUCGAUGAUGCUGAACAUCGCCGUGCGCGCUGCUAUCGAUAGGAUGACUGGCUUGGAGAGCUUUAGCUGGGAGCUCACGUCCAAGAUGAUGGAGACGGCGUAUAUCGGCCUCUCGCAGCUCCCCAAGCUGACCUCGUUGACCGUGCGGUUUCCGUCCAGUCGCCACCCUCGUCCUACCACCGUGAUCCCCGCCAUGCCUCACCUGCGGUCCCUUAAGGUCACCGAUAUAGACCCGCUCUGCUAUCCCGACGACAUUUCGGCGCUCCUGUUGCACAGCAAAAAGCUGCGAGAACUCAAGAUGCACUGGUCGCCGCGCAUGAGAGAGGCCCAAGAGCCGAGCGUGACGCUGCACGACUACUUUCGCAAGUGCAUCGCCGCAAAGUCGCCAUUGCGGCUGAGGAAGAUCGCGCUGCAGAACUUCUACGCCCUGCACACCGACGACUUCGAGGCGGCGAUUGACCCGGUCGUGCUGGAGGAGAUCACGACGCUGAAUAGCCCUGGUGUUUACGACGCCUCCAUGUCCGCAGUGACGUUUGUGGAGAACAGCUGGCCGCCGCCCGCCAAACAGUGCCUUGGGAUCAAGAGCCUGCGGAACGAUCGUAUCGAGAGGAAAGGCUGCGACUUUCUAAACAGCCUAGAGAACCUCGAGCGGUUGUAUUUCGUGACGCCCAUUCGCGAUGCAUCGGAUUCUAUCAACAGCCCCCGAACUGCCACGUCAAAUCAAUCGUCGGCAGCUCUAACACCUUCAAAUCUUGACGCACCGAACAGCAACCACCAAGCCCACCAUCCUCUUCCUCCUGCGACUCUAGCCUCCCACAAUUCUCUUCGCGACUCGUACAUUCAUACCAUUUCCUCCACUCAAGGCGCACGGCUCCGUCACCUCCUACUUUCGUCCCGCUGGGCUCUCCCCAGCCAGCUGAUAGCUCGACUCGUUCGCUCGUGUCCCAAUCUCGAGCAGCUUGCAUUGGCUACUGACCUCUCUAGCUUCGAAACCCUGGGUCUUUUGAUCCCGUUUCUACAGAAAUUGCUUGCAAUCCGCCUGCUCAUACCCACCGGUCCUGCCAGUGCACAAUUCCCCCCUUCAAGACCAAAAGAUGGCCCGGCCACCAGCCUCUUUCCCCCUACUAUCCAUACAAACCAACAAGACUCAGGUCCUCUGCACGCCAAGUCGCUGUCGGAGAUCGUCGAUAUGGACGACGCCAUCUUCAACGAGGCGAUGGGCUCGCGGCUCGCCGACAAGGAAAUCUUCGGAAAACUGAAAAUCAUCGGCCUGGGGUGGAAAGCGUGGGAGCUGGGCGAGUUCUACACGAUCCCUGUGGCCGAGGGCUCGAAUACGUACGACUGGGCCUUUUCGCGGAACGCCGCCCAAAAUGGAAACGGUGUCCGUCUGCCUCGCACUGCCGCGUCGACGACGACGACGACGCCGGCGGGACAGCAACAGGCACAGGCACAGGCACAGCCCAGCCCCGCGGCAGAGCCGCGCAACCCUCCCCAUUCCCGUCCGUCGCAGUCCCGAAGCCACUGGAAGACGCCGGCGACCGCGACGAUUCUCGGAAAACGCAAGCAGCCGCCGGCGUCGUCCGCGGAGCAGUCGAGUACUCCGGCCGCCCGGGCCUCCCCGCCACAGCCUCCUCUGCCUCAUUCCGCCGUCAACACGCCGCCGCCGGCGCUACCACCGCCUCCUCCUCCUCCGCCCAACACCGCGCAUGUCAAUGGGAAUUCUUCGCUUCCACCAGACGCAGCGUCUCUGCUGGAAGACCUGGGAUGUGCGAUGCCGGCGGACACCAGGACGAAAAUCGCGCAUGGCAUCAGCGAACCGACGUCGUCCUCCUCCUCUAGUGGAGAACAACCGGUGCUCUGGCGACGAAGGGUCCAUCGGGUCGGGUGGGACGUUCUGCAGCACUGGGAGAUCUGGGGGCUGGAUGUGCAGGAAAUUUGA